AUGAAGAGGGCUCAACAGUUUCCGGGGAGAACUCUUCGGAGUCAUGUGAGCCUUCGAUGGGUCUCUUCAUCCCCCUUUCCACUACCGACGGAGGCAACAACUGUGCGCACAAAGGGGUAUGGACCCACAAAGGAUCUUCUAAAGGGUCUUGACACCUCAAAAGGACUUGUCGUGGAAACAGUUAUGCACCCAGCAGAUGCGGAGAUGCAGCGGCGGGUACUUUCACUUUCCUCCGCAGAUGUCAGUGUGUACACUCCACUAGAUGUAGAGACUGGCGUAGAGGAGAGCAGCGUGGCGACUGCACGGCGGGAAGAUAUUGUGGCUAUCGCCCCUGAUCAACUGGCAUCAGUGGCAACAGUGAUUGUAGAUCAAGUUAAGGAGCAGUUAGAAUUAAAUAAUUAUGUUGCAGAGGCUUCUCAUGAUGGACGCUCGGGAAGUAUUGUAAACGCCAUUGCAACUUGUCUGCGAGAGGAAAUAGAUCGUGUUGUUCUUCAAACACAUACACAAGAGGCAUCCUUUUCUCGCAUGCUUCAAGAUAGUUCUGAUUUAAUUUGUGCAAGGAUUGCAUCCGUUAUUCACGAAGAGCGACCCAAAUCUCAUGCAAAAGAUGCGAAAAAAGAUAAUCAAAACUUUUCGAUACUUUUACAAGAAGUGAAUCUAUCUAUGAAGAAACUAGAACAAUCCUUAAAGGAAGCUUUUGAAUCAAGCAUUACUGCCAAACAAGAGAAAGAUCCCAUUCCUGAGGAUUUGCGUGUUCAAAUUGUAACAGCCAUUGAACAGGCAACACGUAUACAACAAGAGAAUAUUUCUUUUUCUCUUGAAGAGAUAUUAGAAAAAAAAUUAACUCCACAAGGUCCACUACCACCUAAUCCUCCAACUCUUGAAGAAAUUGAAAAUGUUGUGAAAACAGGUAUGACACGUGCGAUGGAAGAUACACAAUCUGAAGUACGAGAAUUAAUACAAUCUCUACGUGAAAAAAUGAGUUCAGAAAGUACGGUAUCUACCAGUAAGGAUGAAGCGAGACUGGAGGGUUUAUUAGCUUCAUACGGGGAGCGGCUUGAGGAGAUGCGUGAGACCAGUUCCGGGUUUUCUGACUUGAAAGAACUCUUAAUGGAAGUUCACAGCCAUCAGCAAACAAACAUGACAGCAAUACAUGAUAUAGAGACACAGGUGAAAAAAUUAAAGAAAGAGCUCAUAAAUGCACUGCAUGAGUUAGCAGAAGGUUCCUCUAAAUCGGCGAAAGAAGAUGACAGAGAUGAUCGAUUCGGAGAGUAUUGUGAUAAGUUGGAUGCUUUGGCUGAUCGUGUAACCUCCAGAGUAGAGGAACAGCUGAAGCAGCAGCAUGAAGAUAUGAAAGAUCUCCCAACACGACUACUAGAACUAGAAAAGGUAAUUCGCGAAAGACGACAACCAGUUGUCGAACAUGUUCCCUCACCGCAGGAAUUUGACGAUGAACGUAUGAUUACAUUAGCACAGAGUAUUAGUGAUAGUAUUCUUGCUACUUUGGCUCAGCGUGAGGAAUUGUCCAGGAAAACAGUACAACUGAACUCAUCAACACCAGCACCAACACCAACACCAACACCAGCACCUGUAAUAACGCCACCAGUACCACAAUUCACAAAGGAUGAAUUAGCGGAAGCUGUAUCUACAGUACUUCGUCCUAAAUUGGAAGAACUAGCCGCGACGAUAGAAUCUAAACAUAAAAAGGAUACCACACCUUUGGAACUGGAUGAAUUUCCAACUCUUGUAAGCGACCAACAACUUGUCACCGUUGCUCAAACUAUCAGUGAUAGUUUGCGAGAUAUGGUAGAAGAUGUGGUUGCCAAGGCUACUACUACUAUUACUACUACUAUUACUGCUACUGCUACUACUACUGCUGCUACUACUAAUGAUACCAAAAUAACGGAUUUAACACAUAUGGAAGAAUAUAAAGAAUCUAUGCUGGAACGUUUGAAUGAUUUGAAACAAAGUAUUCUUGCAACCGUUCAGGAAGAGAUGGGACGUACCCAUGAGAUUGACUUGACACCGUUUCAAAACUAUCUUGAUGAAGUAAUUCAAGGAAUGAAAGAGGAAUGGAAUAAAAAACAAGAACUUACGGAGAACAAGAUUAAAUCUGUGGUUGAAUCCCUGGUUAUGCGAUUACAAGAGCAGCAUGAACAACAACAUAAUCAACAACGAGAACAACGUGAAGAACAACAUCAGGAACAAAAACAUCUGUUAGAGAAGGAAUUACAAGGUUUACAUAAAAGUAAUGAGGAAUUGCGGUCCAAUUCCCUCACAAUGGAGGAAUUGACAUCCAUCACAAAUCGUCUCUUAGCUGAAGUGAAAGGUGUUGUCAGUGGUGAAACAGCCUCUGUAUCGUCCUCACUUAACACAGUGUGUGAUAAACUUCGAGAAGUUACACAACAAUCAUCUACAGAUCUGAGUAAGAAACUGUCAUCUAUAGAGGCUUCAUUAGAUAAAUCACGAGUAGUGGAUCAGGAGAAUGAUCUUCGUGUGAAGAAAACUCUUGAAGAAGUUACAGCGAGUCUUGAAAGUGUAAAAGAAGGGAAUAAUUGGGCUGAACAAAAACUCUCGUCCCUCCAUAGUGCGGUUGCAGACAUGGUACAUCAAAGUGUAACGGCGGCUAGUGAGAUGAAGGCGCAGCUGACAGCUUCAGAGGAACGAGUAGGAGAACUAAACUCACAAUUGUCAACAGAACUCUCGCAACGUUUCAAUCAAUUGCAGACAGAAGUCUUAGAUGGAAGACAACGGAUAGAUGAGUUGAUUUCAUCUAGCGCAGACCAUAAAGGUAUGAUAUCUGCAGUGGAGGCAAUGCGGGUGAAACUUGAUACUGUGGGCCAAAUACUCGAAGAUAUGGCAGCAUCAAAAACUCUAUCACCACCAGUAACACAACAAGAAGAGCAACAAGAACAAAAAGAAAAACAACAAAAACAACAACAAGAACAAAAAGAACAUGUUAUGAAUGCCAUAUUAAUAGAACCGCAACUUGAGAGUCUUUCCGCUGCAACAAAGGAAAUACUAUCUGAGUUACAAAAAUUACGCCAUGCUCAGGAGACGUUAUCAUCAUCGGAGUCAUCACCAAAAUUGCAACAAGAACAACAAGAACAACCAUUGCCUUAUGUGGGGGUUACUAAAGAGACUUUAGAGGCAAUGGAAGGACGAUUAAGUGGACGUUUGGAUGCAGUUCAAAGUACGCUCGACAGUUUGAAAGAAAUUGAGGCAUCCGCUGCUCUUCCUUUGGAUGAAACACCAGAGCAAGUAUCUGAAACUAAAGAUGUUAAAGAUCGACUGGCGGAAAUUGAUGCCUUGAUUAAACUUGCAGGUGCCUCUAGGGGUGUGCAUGCAAAACAAAUACGUGAAAAACUUGUUGCUAUUCGGUCGUUUAUUGCCACGGCAAAGUUUGAAGAGGUGGAAAAGCGAGAUAUGGAGGAAUUUAUUAAAGUAUUGGAGAGUAAUCGUCUUAAGUUAAAGGAGGAUAUGGUAGGUAUAGAAUCUGAAUUGGUUGAGAAGGUGAAUGAAAGGAUUCAACAAAUACAAGAUAGUUUAUUACUUUCAUUGAAGCAAACUGUUGCUUCAUCAACCGAAUCUCAUGUACAACAACUUCAGAGCGAUUUUGAUACCAAGAGUAAUGAACUCAAGUCACAUCAAGAGCAACUUGUAAUGAAGCUUCUAGAUAGAAUUAAUGAAUUAGAGAAGUCACAGGGAGUAAGCAAUGCUGAAAUGACAGAAGAAAUGCGACAACGUCAGAAGGAGUGGCGAGACGCAUUGCAUCAUGUUCUCCAACAAGAUGUGCCAACGGCACUCCGCGGUACUGUGACGGAAGUGAUUGCGGAUCAACUUCACACUGUGCAAAAGCAGUUAUCCGAACAAAACACACGAGAAGAAAAGAGCAAUGCAACGUUGCUCUCAAGCAUACAACAGGUUUCACAGGAUUUAAGUCAACUAAAUGGUUUUGGCGGGGAAGUCCGUGCAGCAGUAAGUGGAGGAUCGGCACAAGUUAUUGAAGAACUUCGCCGCACACACGAGGGACUUGCCGAACGUAUUGAACGGCAUGUAAAAGAAGUAGUACAUCAACGGGGAACUGUUGAGACGCAGCCUUCUGUUUCUCACGUGGCUGUUGCGGAAACAACUGUUGAACAUACGCCUCAUACUUCUGCUGCAGUGAUGUACUCUGCACGAUUGCCUAUGUGGUGGUUGGUUGCAUUGUCAUUUGUUCUCAUUACCACUAUUAUGGCAGCUCUGUACUUUUUAAGCGCUGUGUUUCUUGUUAUGUUCGUACCUGUGCCACCACCAGAGGAAUUGUUGCUGAGCUCUUCUACAUCACCCACACCGCAAAAUAAUACUCCCGCGAAAAGACUAACGAGGUCGCGUGUGGUGGAUGAAGUGAUUCAGUAG